AACCUUCGAAAGGUCACGCGGGUGACUCAUUCUCCGAAUCUUUCUCACGUUGAAGCCUUGUCGGAUCCUGCGAAUUACACCGUAGGCUGGAUCUGCGCCUUGCCCGUAGAAUAUGUUUCCGCGCAAGUAUUCCUCGAUGAGAAGCACGACAAACCCCGCUUUGUGUCGCCAAACGAUACCAACGACUAUGCGUUGGGCAAGAUGGGAGAACACAACGUCGUCAUCGCCGUCUUACCCGAUGGUGAAUAUGGAACAGCUUCUGCCGCUAGUGUAGCGACAAACAUGCUCAACAGUUUCCACAACGUCAGGAUCGGCCUCAUGGUCGGGAUUGGCGGGGGUGUACCAAGCGAGAGCCAUGAUAUUCGGUUGGGCGAUGUUGUGGUCAGUGCGCCUCGCGAUGGUGAUAGUGGUGUGUUUCAAUACGAUUUCGGCAAGUCGAUUCAGGACCAAAGUUUUCAGCACACACGGUUCUUAAACCAGCCACCGGCUAUUUUGCGCGCUGCAAUAGUGGGUAUUCGAGCUCAAUAUGAGAUAAAAGGGCAUCAGCUUGAAGAAGCCAUUAACAGAAUUUUUGGGAAGAACAUGAGACUUUGUCGGAAGUACAAACGGCCAGAACCAAUCACCGAUAGGCUGUUUCUUCCCGAAGUUAUCCAUCACCAGGCUGGCUGUGCUAUGUGUGCGGUUGAUUCUUCCACGCUGGUACUGCGAAACGAGCGGGCUGACGACGAGGAUAACCCUGCGAUUCACUAUGGCGUGAUUGCUUCUGGCAAUCAGCUCAUGAAGAAUGCUUUGAUUCGAGAUCGGCUUGCCGCCGAGAAAGACGUCCUCUGUUUCGAAAUGGAAGCCGCGGGGCUGAUGAAUACUUUCCCAUGUCUGGUCAUCAGGGGUAUCUGCGACUACUCUGACUCGCACAAGAACAAAGAGUGGCAAGGGCAUGCAGCUAUGGUGGCAGCUGCAUAUACAAAGGAUCUGCUACAGAGAAUUCCUCUCAACAGAAUUGAAGCCGAGGAGAGGUUAAGUGCUGUUGUGUCUGAGGAGCUGAAAGGCAUCCAAUAUCGCUUAGAUCAAGCAUACAGUCAGAACGAACGGCACUUUAGAGAACAGAAAGCGAGAGUCUUAACGGAUCAACAGCGCCUUUGUUACCAAGUAUUCAAGGUCGUUAACUACGCGGAGCAAAAGAAUAUAAACCCUCAACGUGCUGAGGGAACCUGUCGAUGGGCUUUCGAGAGCUCUGAAUACAUCCGUUGGUGGAAGAGCAACUGCAACGAUCUUCUCUGGGUGUCGGCUGACCCAGGCUGCGGAAAAUCUGUCCUCGCCAGAUCGAUAAUUGAUGGUCACCCAGAGACCUCUCAUCAAGCUGUGAGAAUAUAUUACUUUUUUUUCAAGGACAAUGAUGAACAGAACAAUCUUGCUACGGCGCUAUGUUCGGUACUUCAUCAGCUAUUUAGCCAGCAUUCUGAUCUAUUGACACAUGCCAUUCCGGCCUGGGAAAAGAACGGGGAGACACUUAGACAAGAAGUUGACGAGCUUUGGCGGAUUUUGAUGGCGGCAACAUCAGCCGACAUGUCGUGCAAGACCAUUUGCGUAUUCGAUGCACUUGACGAAUGCCGCGAAACGGAUCAACGCGGAUUAAUUGAAAAGCUCCAAGCGUUUCAUCGCCAGCCAUCUUCUUCGACAGAGCAAACAUGUUUGAAAUUCCUGGUCACCAGCCGUCCUUACGAUCAUAUACAGGAUCACUUUCGAGUAAUCAACGAUUCUUUUCCCCAUAUACAUAUUAAGGGGGAAGAACAGAAUGACCAAAUCCAUGAGGAGAUUGAUCUGGUAGUGAGGACUUGGGUGAGAAAACUAGCUGAAACAGUACCACUGUCGCCAGAGCUUCAUCGUCGAAUCGAACAGCAGCUACUUCAAAUGGAAAACCGUACAUAUCUCUGGCUACACCUAGCCAUUGAUGAUAUCUGUACCACUUUCAAGCGCAGCCUUCGGCCUGCUGAGGUUUCGAUUGCACAGAUACCGAUACCGCCUUCUGUGAAUUCAGCAUAUGAAAAGAUUCUCUCGCGAGUCCCACGCGAUCAAUGGGAUACAGUCAAGAAGAUAUUGGAAAUUAUCGUGGCGGCACGUCGUCCUCUGACAAUAGGAGAGAUGGCCAUGGCGUUAGGCAUUGCUACCAGCUCAAAGCCACGAACGACACAGAAUUGUGGGUUAGAUUCAAUGAAUUUAGAUGAGAAGCUUCGGCAAUUAUGCGGACUGUUUAUUUUCACCAACAACUCCAAAAUCUACCUCAUUCACCAAACAGCUAGGGAGUUUCUCAUCAAAAGAGAGGUUGAGCGACCAGAGAGUAUGGUACGGCAAGGAUGUGUCCAGCACCAAGAAGCAAAUCGAGCCCUUUCGGAAAUUUGUGUGGCUUACUUGCACGAGGAAAUCCAGAAGAGUUCAUGCCAACUCCGCACGGGUGCAGAGCCUUGCACUGAGAACGAUACAUUUUUGAGAUAUUCCGCAACCUAUUGGAUUGAGCAUAUGCGUCACACACGCGGGUUAAAGCCUCAUUUUCUCCGCCUGGCGGGUAGCCUCUGUUGUCUGAAACAGGCAUCGGUGUGGAUUGGUUCCGUGGAACCACCGCUCCGAUACUAUUGCUAUGCACAUGAGCCAAUGCCUUUCUUCUGGGUAGCGAGGUGGGGACUGGAAGAUAUCGCGUUCUUCCUUCUGGAAGAUUCAAAUAUCCAGAUCACAAAUGAUGUUUUGGAAAAAGCUGCAGCCAGUCAGUUCGCAGUCAUGAAAUUUCUCCUGGAUCGAAAAGGAGAUGAAAUCGAUAUCACUGAUAGUGUUUUGCAAAAGGCUGCUGCCAACGAGGAGAGUGGAUUCGCAAUCAUGGAACUUCUAAUUGAACGAAGAAGGGGGAAAUACGGAUCACCAAUGAAGUUGUGCAAUCUGCUGCAAGUAAUGGGAGAAGCGGAUUGGCAAUCAUUAGACUUCUUGUGGAUUUCCUUGACAGCGAGGGGAACGAAGUCAUAA